AAAAACGUGUUCCAGCAGAGCAAAUUUAAAACACCCAACAAAAUGUUUUCUGUUCCAUCAGUGCUGCAACAUGUUAUCGACUUGUUGGAAACAAUAAUUUUCUGUUGCGAGUUAUACGUUCUGUCAAAUGUUUCGCGCAUGCGUACAAUGCAAAAUAUUAAUUAUUGUGAUAAUAAUUAAUAUUAUCUUGUUUUGACAGUUAGCUAGUUAGCUUAAACUACUUUUUUAUAUUUUUAUUUUAUUUAUUGAUUGACAUUUUGAGAUGGAUUUGGAAUUUUUCGACUCCUCGUCCUCUUCAUUAUCGUCCGACGAUGAAUUUGUAUUUGAUAGCGACGACGAAGUUUAUUUGGAAGACAGAACAAGACCGAAAAAUCAGAAUUAUUUUGAGACUAUAGCAAGAUACAAUGACUUAGAGUUUUUGGAACAUUUCCGUGUUAGACGCCACAUUGCAAACAAUUUGACCAUACACUUUGAGGCCAGUCCGGAAUUUAAUGACACAACUGGAGGACAUGGAAAAAUACCUGCCUACAACCAAAUUAAAGAUUCAAAAAAUCAUAUAUUAUCACAGAAAGAAGAUAUAAGUUCUGGAAAAUUUACUUUUAGUGUGGAGAAUUAUGAUGUAUUUGAAAUUUGUUUUAUUUCAAAAUCUUUGAAUAGUGAAUAUCCUGGUACUGUACAAGAAAUUUUUGUGGAUAUUAAAACAGGCAUAGAAGCUAAAAAUUAUGAAGGGGUUGCUGAAGCUUAUAAAUUGAAACCUCUUGAGAUGGAUCUAAAACGACUUGAAGACUUUUCAGAAGCCAUUGUAUUAGAAUUCAAGGAUAUGAGAAUACGCGCUGAUGAAAUGCGAAACACAAAUGAAACUACAAACAAGAGAGUUUUCUAUUUUAGUUUGUUCAGUAUGCUUUGUUUAUUAAUUUUAGCAACUUGGCAAGUAUGUUAUUUAAGGCGUUACUUCAAAGCAAAAAAAUUGAUUGAAUAAGAUUUGAAGACUUCAGAAGGAUAAAAAUUAAUAAUACAUUUGACUGGCAUUAUGUUUUCACAUGAAUUGCAAUUUUAGACACAUUUAUCAUGUAAUUUAUUAAAAGUAGUUAUACCAUACACUGUAAAUAAGGAUUUCAAGAUGUUGAUUCAAUUCGUAAUCUUGUCCAAACCUCAGUCCUAAUAAAAUUUUAGUUAAAUAUUUAACUUCAACUUCUGUCAAUGUUUAAAAAAUGUAUGUACUCUAAAAUUGUAAUUUAUGAAACUGUUAAUUGAUGUACAAAAACCGUCUAAUGAUGGACUAUACCAAAAUUGGAUAUAACUAUGAAAUGAAUUUAACUAGUCCCACAUAUAAUAUUAAUGAAAUAAAACCUAAAUAUCUAAGUAUCAUUACAUUGUUUUUUCUAGUCUUUUUCUAUAGUAUUCGAAUAAAUCAAUUGUUUUAAAU